AUGGUGAACGUCCAGCACUACCUGACGCUCGUGGCCAUGACCGGGGCAGUAGUCACUUUUGCUGACCAAACGUACUUCCAGGGUGAUGGAACGCCGUACGACCUGGACAAGGUCGGCCACGGCAACUGUGCUUUCAUGUCGUCAUGGAGCAAGGCGGCGACCAACUACGUGGCCGUGAACCAGGCACAGUGGGACGACUUGACACACUGCGGUCAGUGCAUCGAAGCCACGUGCAUUGACGCCAAGUGCAAGAACAGGAACACAGCUGUCACGCUCCAGAUCGUCGAUCGUUGUCCUGAGUGCCAAUACGGCGACCUCGACAUGUCCCCAAGUGCUUUGAUCAAGAUCGUGGGCAGCAAUCCAGGUCGCAUAAAAAUCGGCUGGAAGUACGUGGACUGCCCAGAACCGGGUACGAUUAAAGUCUGCCUCAAGACGGGCAGCAACAAGUGGUGGGUGGCCAUCCAGCCUACAAACACGCGUAUUGGCGUCAAGAGUCUGUCCAUUAACGGCAAGGCUGGCAAGAUGCUGGAUGGCGCCUACUACUACUACAUCGAAAGUGAGGACGUGGUGCCGUUCAAUAAGAUCAAAGUGGCUGUCACUUCGAUCGACGGCGACGUGGUCUCGGGCACGUACGCGAUGAAGGAAGGCGAGUGCGUCGACACGAAACAACAGUUCUAA